AUGGCCCCGCCUUAUGCUUAUCCUGUAGCAGGCAUUGUUUAUUUUGUUGGUCAUCCUCAACUGUGGAUCAAAACGCUUUGUCCAUUUUUACUCACACUUGUCUUUGGACUCAUUUCACUGAUAUUCUCAUUUGUAUACCUUUUACCCCUUCAAGCUCAUGCUCUCAUCAACGUUCAUUGUCCAGUUUGGCUUGCUUGGAUAGUGUCUGUCAUUUUUGUUUUGCUUGAAUCGGCAGUGCUGGAUUUACUCUUUUUUGCAAUUGUGUUGCCCAUUUAUCAAGAUGCCUUAUUUGAUGCAACUCUAAAAGCAAGGGGGCUUGAUAGGAUGUUUGCAACUCGUGUUCCUGUCUCUGGACUUCGUCUUUGCUGUCGAGGCAUUUCUUCAGGCUUAGCUUUGGUUUGGCUACUUCUCUUGGCUCAGAUUCUGAUAUUAAUUAUUACAUCUCCGUUACAUUUAGUGCCUGUUGUAGGUACAUUUGUCGCUUGCUAUAUUAAUGGCUGGGUUGCAUGCUGGGGUCAUCAUAUUCACUAUGACUUGGAAUUUCGUGGACUAGGCGUGAGUGAAUCAAGAAAGUAUGCUUGGCAGCAUAGAUCAGCCUAUUGUCAAUUCGGAACUGUAGCUGUCGCAUUAGAGUUGAUACCUUUAUUUAAUUUACUCUUCAUGUGGACAAAUGUGGUUGGAGCAGCAUUAUAUGUUGGAGAUAAGUAUGAAAAGAAUGAAAGAGAUAUUAUCAGACGUCAAAAUAGUGCUGGUAAUACAUCUACAGAAGCACUCGUUGUGGGGCAUCCCGGAUUAAAGAAUGGGUAUGGUUCUCUGGUUUAG